CUUUGUGUCGACAUCAGGUACCGUACUGUACGGUACUCGAGUACAGUACUCCAGUCCAGCGCCUGGUGGGGGUGGUAUGUAGCACCCACACCAUGCAUAAUCACUGCCCCCCCUCACGAUGCAGAUAAGAUGGGAGCGUUUCCAGAUUAUUUUUAACAUUGUGUCCGCCCCCCCCCCCUGGUGCCUUGCAAGACAUUUAGAGCUCUGGGUUUGGGCCCUUUAUACUUUGCAAGAUCAGAAAGAUUCAAGACACCAAUUGAUGGAGACUACAAACCACGUUGGUUAUACUAUCCAGUCUUCCAGUCCCGCCACUAUGACUAUCAACCUAGUUCACACCUGAAUUCUACGUUAUGGAUUCUUAUUGGCCUCCAAUCCUAUGGUUUGCACAGUACCAAGUCUAGGAGCAAUGGAGUUUAUUAUCCUCCUUUCCCCCAUUUUCGAGAUAUGGGAGCCGCCUCCCAGAUCGGAAAGGGUUUCGGGAGAUCCGUGAGAAAUAUUCCGAAGCAAAGGCAGGAGCAGUUACAGCAGAAGCCUACCUCUAGACCAUUCUAGUUCCCAACUACCAUGGGUUCCAGAGGACCUGGAAAAGGUCUUUGACGGGGCUGAAGUGGCGGUAAAACAGAUGGUUCUUACAAACACCUGGUUACGAUACGUCGAUUCCCUACCCGCCGCCGAACGCUUGUUCAUCGGUGUAACGCCCCAGAUUUCCCCACCCAUAAGUUGGAGGUGGGGGAAGUAUUUUUGGAAAAAGGCCUCGGAGUGAGCACUGCUAUGCGCUGAGGGUGGGGGUCUUUUGUUUUUCCUUUCACCAAUGAACUAAAAAUACCGUUCCCUUACUUUUUUCUUCUUUCCCUUUUUUUUCCCUUUAUCCAUUAAGUUUUCGGCUUGGUUUUCAUGUGCUGUGGCUUCUCCUAUCGGUUCUAGAAGGGAUCUGGAUUUUGGUGUGUCAAUGACCGAGUUUGUGUAAUAUUGACUUAGCGCGGGCCGGGAGAAGGACCUGAGGC